AUGGAGCCGGUGACGACCUGGACCCCCGGGAAGGUGGCAACUUGGCUCCGAGGCCUCGACGACUCCCUGCAGGACUAUCCCUUUGAGGCCUGGGAGCUGCCGGGCAAGUACCUGCUUCAGCUCUGCCCCCGCAGCCUCCAGGCUCUGACUGUGUGGCCUCUGGGUCACCAGGAACUCAUCCUGGAUGGGGUGGAACAGCUCCGGGCUCUGAGCUCUGGACUUCAGACAGAGAACCUGCAGAACCUGACAGAGGGGCUGCUGGCGAAAAUUCACACCUUCCAGACCUUGGUCCAAGGCCAUCUGGAGGCCUGCGCCGAGACCCCUGCUGAUGUUCUCAGUGCAGCGGUGGACCUGGUGCAAGAGGCUCGUACUCUCCUUUUCUGGCUCAACAGGUACCUCUUCUCCCACUUAAACGACUUCUCAGCCUGUCAGGAGAUCGGGGACUUGUGUGGGGAGCUGGGCCAGGCCCUGCAGGAGGAUUGCCCGGUGGCUGAGAAGGAGAGCCGAGUCCUGAGAAUCUGUAGCCACAUCGCUGGGAUCUGCCACAACAUCCUGAGCUAUAGUCCCAAAGAGCUGCUGGAGCAGCGGGCUGUGCUGGAAAGCGUGCAGCUGGACGAUCCCUUGGGCUUGGAAAUCCAUACCACCAACAACUGUCUUCACUUUGUGUCUCGAGUGAGUCCCUCGCUCCGUACCAGCUCCCAGCUGCAGAUCCUGCCUGGAGACGAAGUUGUCCAGGUCAACGACCAGGUGGUGGUGGGCUGGCCUCAUAAGAACGUGGUGAGGGAGCUGCUUCGAGAGCCAGCUGGGGCCAGCCUGGUGCUAAAGAAGGUUCUGGUGCCCGAGACCCCUCCACAGGUACCUGUUCCCCCUCCUCCCCUUCGCCACCCUAUCUGCUUUCAGAGCCCUUUUCCGCUGGCUCUGCCCUCACUGUCACCCAGUACCGUCCAACAGGAAGUCUUUGCCUUUGACUUGUCUUCAAAUCCAAAUCCUGGGCCCAGCUCUGCCUGGACAGACUCUGCCUCCCUUGACUCUGAGCCUGUGUCCAUCCUUCCACCAUCCCCAGGGACAGCAGAGACCCCAGAGCCCCCAGGACACUCCGAAAAGAGUCCUAUCCCUGGUCGGAAAAAAUCAAAAGGCGUGGCGACACGGUUGAGCCGCCGACGGGUGUCGUGCCGGGAGCUGGGUCAGCCCGACUGCGAUGGCUGGCUGCUGCUGCGCAAGGUGCCCAGCGGUUUCAUGGGCCCACGCUGGCGCCGCUGCUGGUUUGUGCUCAAGGGACACACACUCUAUUGGUACCGCCAGCCCCAGGAUGAGAAGGCAGAAGGCCUCAUCAAUGUCUCCAACUACAGCCUGGAAAGUGGACAGGAUCAGAAGAAAAAAUAUGUGUUCCAGCUUACCCAUGAUGUGUACAAGCCCUUCAUCUUCGCUGCUGACACCCUGGAGGACCUGAGCACCUGGGUGCGCCAUCUCAUUACCUGCAUCUCCAAGUACCAAUCUCCAGGCCGAGCCCCGCCUCCCCAAGAAGAAGAUUGCUACAGUGAGACGGAAGCAGAAGACCCUGAUGAUGAGGCUGGGUCGCGCUCAGCCUCGCCUAGCCCAGCCCGAGCUUGGAGUCCUGUCCAUGGAGACAUGUCACCUGCAGCAACCCCCACACAGGGCAGCCCGCGAACUUCCUUCGGCCUUCCAACAGACAGUGGUGAUGGAGCAUUAGAACGAAUGGUAUGGGGGCUAAAACAGGGCGGCGUGUCCCUUUUGGGCCAGCCACAACCCCUCACCCAUGAACAGUGGCGGAGCUCCUUCAUGCGGCGUAACCGAGAACCCCAGCUCAACGAGCAAGUGCACCGGGUGCGGGUGCUACAGAGCACACUCAAGGCAAAGAUGCAGGAGCUGCAAGUCCUGGAAGAGCUGCUUGGUGACCCAGACCUGACUGCAGAGAAGUUCCGACAGUGGAAGGAGCAGAACCAGGAGUUGUACACAGAGGCCCUGGGGACCCGGACAGUGGUGCAGGCUGAGGGCAGCUCUCCGGUCCUGACCUCUGACACAAGAGAACAGUCCACAUAUCCCCUGCCCUCUGACCCUGAGGAACACUCCCAUCUGUCUUCUGCCCCGAAAGAGCAACCUCCAGCCUCCUGA